AUGACACGUGCUCCGAGCCACGCUAUCCAGAGGGUAUCUCAGGCAUGGGAGCUGGUUGAGACACCUCCAAGAGAACCCUUCACAGUUGACGGGAUCACAAUAGCGGGACCGCGAUUAUUUUUUCAGUCUACGUUUGUAAACGGUUUGAUGUGGCAUGUUCGCUUCGGUUAA